AUGACAAAUGUUACAGCAGUACUGGAAUUGAGGCUACUGGGCUUCAGUAGCAAACCACACAGCCAGAUCCUGCUAUUCACAGUGGUUUUGGUUAUUUACAUUCUCACCAUCCUAGGAAAUAUUAUUAUUUCAGUGGUGACACUGGAGCCACAACAUCAUUCAUCCAUGUACACAUUUCUCAAGAAUCUAUCUUUCCUAGAGGACUAUUACACCACUACAACUGUACCCAAGAUGCUGGCCAAUCUACUGGCAAAGAGGAAGAGCAUCUCUUUCUCAGGAUGCAUGGUACAACUUUACUACUUAAUUUCCCUGGGAGCCAUUGAGUGCUACCUCUUGGCAGUAAUGGCAUAUGACCAAUUCCUUGCAGUCUGUGAACCCCUGAACUAUGGUGAGGCCAUGACUUCAGAGUCUUAUAUCCAUCUCGCUGUGGUCUCCUGGGUCACUGGGGUUUUCUCAGGUUUUCUGCCCUGUCUAAUGGUCUCCAGAUUGCAUUUCUGCAGUUAUAACCUAAUUGACCACUUCUGUGAUAUCUCUCCACUGUUGAAGCUGUCAUGCUCAGACACCACUGUCACAGAAGCUGUCAUCUUCAUCCUGUCUCUCCUGGUCCUUUACAGCCACUUUCUCACUCUUGUCUCAUACCUACUUAUAAUUCACAGUAUCCUGAAGAUACCCUCUGCUUCUGGAAAAAGAAUUACCUUCUCCACCUGCAGCUCACACUUCAUUGUAGUGACUAUGUACUAUGGUACAGUGAUUUCCAUGUACAUCUGUCCCACCUACAACCUGUCCUCAGAGCUCAAUAAGGCUGUAUCUGUUCUCUACACAGUGGUCACACCCCCUAACUCAGUAACCUACAGAUUGAGAAACAAGACAUUCAAGAAAGACUUGGAAAAAAAUAGUUAUCAGACACCAUAG